AACAGAUCCAUCAGCGUGCCGUUUGACUUGAUUCAUGCUUGCCGUUAAGGUGCUUGGAAGGCACAACAACCGACGAUUCAGUGGGCCCGAUGGCAGAUAACCAAGUUGAGGUGUUAUCUCUGGAGUGUGAUGGGAGAGGAGCGGUCUUCUCGUCGGCGAUAUUUCAGAUAAAUGCAGAGAAAGGUACAAGAACCUUUUACAUCCACGGUGACGUCCUCUCCCAAAAUUCUCAACCGUUCAAAAGCAUAGUGGAUGGCAACUAGGAGGAAUCAGUCAAACGCGAAAUCAACUUGAAAGAGUGGGAUGCGGGCACAGUUGGUCGUAUGAUCGAUUACCUCUAUCUAAGAAUUACACUUGGCAGAAGGGUGGGGAUUUUAAACCCGCUCCUACUAAAGUGGAAUCGCCUAUUGUGGAGUUCCCCACUAGGGUAGCACGGCCUUUGACCCCCAUUAGCGAAUUAAUAAAGUACAAGGACACUUGUAAUUUGUCUUAUCAGAACUGGAUGCUACGCCCCGAAUGGCACGACUCUGGACCCGAGGAAUUACUUCUGAUGCACGCGAGGGUUUAUGCUUUGGCAAACUACUGGGCAAUUGAAGAGUUAUCGGAACUGGCACUUAAUCGUCUGCUGUUCAAUCUGCAGGCACUUAAAGCUACUGAGUACAAUCCUGUGCAGGUCCGAUAUAUCGUGGAGCUCAUAUCAUAUGUUUAUGAGAAAACAUGCAUGCGCCACGGAGAGCGAGAGCCAAUGCGCCAGGGGGUAACGAGGUUCACGGCAUUGGAACUUACAAAGUUGGACUCCGAGGGAGAAAUCGCUAGACUAAUGGGCACCUAUGGAGACUUCGCUGACGACCUAUUGUCCGACCUAACCAGGAGAAUAAAGCUUGCUGAAGUUUGGGGCGGGACACAACAUAGAUACUUGGCUGGCAUUGAGGUUUGUUAA